GUGGGAUGGAGAAGCCGCCGCCGCUGCAGCAGCUGCUCCCACGGCGGGGUCCGCGCAAAGUCCGCCUGAUGCCGCUGCGCCUCCUGUGCUGCUUCUUGGCUCUGCUCCCGGCGGCGGCGGCGGCGGAGCCCAUUUGCCCGGAGCCAUGCGACUGCCAGCAGCAGCAGCACCUCCUCUGCACCAACCGAGGGCUGCGGGCCGUGCCCAAGGCUCCGGAGCCGCAGGGGAUCCUCACCUACAGCUUGGGCGGGAACUUCAUCGCCAACAUCUCCGCUUUCGACUUUCACCGCUUGGUGGCGCUGCAGCGCUUGGACUUGCAGUACAACCGCAUCCGGACGCUUCACCCCAAGGCCUUCGAGCGCCUGGAGCGCCUGGAGGAGCUGUACCUGGGCAACAAUCUCCUGGCCAGCUUGGCCCCCGGCAUCCUCCGCCCCUUGGCCAAGCUGCGCAUCCUCUAUGUGAACGCCAAUGAAAUCGCUUCCCUGAAUGCCGCUUCCUUGGCUGGGCUGGGCAGCCUGGUCAAGCUGCGGCUGGAUGGGAACACAUUGGGCUCGCUGGGCGACGCCACUUUCUCAGGGCUGACCAAUUUGCUCUACUUGCACCUGGAGGGCAACCGCAUCCGCUGGCUGAGCCGCGGCGCCUUCGCUGGCCUGGGGAAGCUCCGCUUCCUGGACCUCUCCGGGAACCAGCAGAGCUUGCUGCGCCAUGCAGAGACCUUCCGGCCGAUGCGCUUGCUCAGCACCCUUCUUCUUUCGGGCAAUAACCUGCAACAGCUGGGCAGAGGCCUCUUCCAGCACCUCUCCAACCUGGCCAAGUUGUCCUUGAGUGGCAACCGCCUGGCAUGGUUGGCCUCGGAAGCCUUUGUGGGUCUCGGGGCCCUCAAAGAAUUGCGGUUGGAAGGAAAUCUCCUGAGCCAACUUCCCGCCAACCUGCUGCAGCCACUGCGGAACCUGGAAGUCUUGGACCUGAGUCACAAUUUGCUCACGGCCCUCUCAAUGGGUGCUUUUGGUCACUUGCACAAGCUGCGAGAGCUCAGCUUACAGGAAAACGUGCUGGCCACGGUCUCUGGAGACCUCUUUGCUUCCAGCCCAGGUCUUUAUCGUCUGGAACUCGAUGGGAAUCCCUGGAGCUGUGAUUGCCGCCUGCGAGGCUUGAAGCACUGGCUGGGCUCUUGGCAUGCUCAGGGAAGGCUCCUCACGGUGUUUGUGCAGUGCCGCCAGCCCCCUGCCUUGGCUGGGAAAUACCUUGAUUAUUUGGAGGAUGCACAACUUCUUCCUCUUCCUAAUGGGUCUUCUUGUGUGGAAGUCCUGGCCUCUCCUUCUCCCUCCUUUGGAGGCAACGGCAGCUUCAGCACCCCAAGCCUAGAGCCCGAGGAACGGAGCUCCCUGCCUUCUGCCUCCACCAUGGAGUUGGGGAGCUCACAGAAGAUACUGGCACCAGCGCCCAAAAUGGGCGGUCAGGGGGCUGACACAGGUUAUAUCACCUCAACGCCCAGCAUGCGUGUCAGUGCUAGGCCAUAUUCUUUCCCUGCGGUGGCUUGGCCUAGGAGGGCAGGGAAACACCACCUGGUCUCUUCAGCGUCUGGCAGCCCUCCUCUGGUCACAGACCCUUGUGAUUUUAACAAGUUGUUUCUGUACAACUUGUCGGUGGAAGCUGUGAGUGCUGAUGCCGUGACUGUGCGCUGGGGAGUCCGACCACAUCGUAGCCCUCGCUUGCUGGGCCCCGUGCGUUUCCGGAUCCUUUUCGAUCGCUUCGGAGCGGCCGUAAAGUUCCAGCGUUUUGUUUAUCUCCCUGAGUGGAGUGAGCCAGUAGCCACCUUGCAGGAGCUGCAUCCUGAUACCCCUUACCUGGUUUGUGUGGAGGGAAUGAUCGGGGGCCGCAUCUGCCCCGUUGCACCACGGGACCAUUGUGUAGGGCUGGUCACCUUGCCUGAGAAGAGUGCAGGUGGGGCUGCGGCUGUGGCAGGUGGGACCCAAAGCAUGGACCAACAGCUUCUUACCCUGGUGCUGCUGGCAGUCAAUGUGCUGCUCCUCUUCUUGGCUCUGGCGGCCUGGGCCUCCCGCCUGGUGCGGAAGAAGGUUCUAGGGUGCCGGCGACGGAAGGCAGCAUCACCGGUACACGUGAGGCAGAUGUAUUCAACCCGCCGACCCCUGCGCUCCAUGGGCACGGGCGUCUCAGCUGAUUUUUCCGGCUUCCAGUCCCACCGGCCACUCCGUAGCCCUGUCUGUGCCUUCAGCGAGGCUGACCUCAUUGAGUUCCCUUGUGAACGCUUUGUGGACAGUGGUGCGGGAGGGAGCAGCAGUGCUCGCCGGGGAGAGGAUCAUUUGUUGCAGCGGUUUCCAGACUAGAGACGUAGCCUACAUAACACUACGAGCUGAGGCGUUCCCUUAUGUUGGAAGUCAGCAGGUGCGGGGGGGGUAUCAUGAUGGAGCAAGGCCUUCUGGGAAGAGUAGCUGCUGCUGGCUUUGUUCAGGACAUUCACUGUGCAAAAAUUGAGGCUCGUCAGGCAAGUGGGUGAUUUCUCUAGAACAGAGGUGUUUUUUUUUUUAAACUCAAACAAAAAUAAGACUUCCUUGAAAUUACUGAAGGCUGUUUUAACUCCUGCCUUCUGCUCUGGGGACCAAACCAAUUUACCGUGGGAUUCUAAUUUCUCUUCUCUCAAAGCACCCUUAGUCAAAACACCUCUAUUGUUUACUGUCACUGGGUGAGCAAUGGUCCCUAUCCAAGAAAAUCUACCAGUAGUAGGAAGGUCUUUGUGGGCUGAGUUUUAUAACUGCCCUGUCAUCAUCUGCCCCACUGAUGUAAUCUAGUAAAAAAAAUCUACUUUUAAUAAUCACUAGCCUGUGGAUCUAACUCUAGCUAAGCUAAUCAUCCUCAGGAAAUGAACUUACAUAAUGAGAAUGAGACAAUGACAACAUUUAAGGAGCCCUAUAUAAAAGUUCUCAACUAAACUGGUUUCUGUGCCUUUCAGGUUGCCUUUAACUCUGGUCUUGCACUGUUUAUGUGCCAUACAAAUGAAUAAAUUAAAGAUCAUUCAGUUGGCCUUUACAGGGCUGCAGUUUGAUGUAGCUGUUACUCCAUGUGAACAGUUGUCCACACCAGCUUUUCAUGGAGAACCAGUACCAUAAGCCUUGCUUAUUUGGUAUGCCACCGUCUUAAUAAAUGGAGGCUAUUCAUGCCAUUGCUGUGUCCACCAGGCAUAUACAGGCAUUUUUGUGCUUUUACUGUUUAUCUUUGGAAUGAUGGAUAGAACAGGAGUCAUGGCAACAUGCUUCUUUGUGGAAUACAACCACAGCAAUACGCUGUGAAAGUCACUAGGCAUGGGAUUUUGUUUCACUAGAACUACCAGAACUGAACAAGAAUUUUCCAGGCUAGAACACUGGUAGUUUUAGCUGAAAUAUCCAGGUUCUCAGAGGAGUUUCAGGAUCCUCACCUGUUCCUUGCAAAGACUCUCUGUUCAGAUGGCCAUUAAAGCGUGGGUGUGGGUGAAGCAUUCUAAGCUUCAUGGGAACAGCAAAGCAUUAGGGGACUGUAGUCUCUCUGUUCAUUAAGCUCCUCCUCCUAAGGUUUGCUUCACUGACCAAAGCUAAGUGCUGCUAAUUGCUGAAAGUUCCAGGGUACAUCUCAGACAUCUGCCUGCCAGUUGCACACUUGAGAUCCUCUCUGGCCACCUGUUAAUUAGCUCCAAGUAGAUGCGGCAAGUUAUGCAAACCUCAGUGUGAACAGCAAUAGAAUUCUGGCCACUGACCUUAAUCAUAAUUUAAUGAAGCCUUUAUUUAGGAUGAGCCAGGCUUGCCACUCUUUUGACAAGAAUGUGAACACAUAUUACUACUCUGGCAGUGUAACUGUUCUUACAUUUCUAAUGUCAAAUGCUGACUUUGAAAACUCAUCAAUUCUUUUGAAUGCUAGUUCUUGACUGAAUUUUUUUCUCCAAGAAGUGCCUUGAAAAUGAAUGUUAGGAUGUAAGUGAAUAGAAGAUGAUAGAAUGGUGCUUUUUGUACUGAUGAGGGUUUUGGAAAAAUGAGAUGCAUGUGAGAAAUGUGUGUUUAAGUAUGCAAACAAUGAGUACAACUCAUGUUAGUUUUGCAACACUAAAUUACUGAUACCACUAAGAAAAAAAACCCUUUGUCCUAACCUAUGUUUGUUAUAACUUGUUUAGAAUGAAUUGUUUUUAUAGUGAUCUUGAAUAAAUACUUUUUGGUACUUUUAAAGCUUAA